AUGAAAGACAUUAGUGAAGGUGCAGAGGAUCGAGGCGUCUGCGUGGUGGUUGACGGUACUUCAGGUUUUAUUGUGAAGAUUAGCGGUCUUUCAUGUUCCUCUGCGGUGGUUGACUGUAUUUCGGGUUUAUGCGUGGUGAUUGACGUCGUUUCAGGUUUCUGUGUGGUUAACGCUGAAAUUAUCCCAGUUAACAAUGAUAAUAUUAAAUGUUGUAAUGACCGUAACUGA